GCAGGGCUGGCAGUUGGCUUACUACUCAGAGAAGAAGAUCCGUUGUUGUGGAGAGGAAGAAAGGUUCAAGAAAUUAGAGCGACGUUUAACGUACAAACCCCGAGCGUUAAACCCCAGUUUUUGCGGGUCGUUUUUCCCCCAACGUAUAUUUUCCCGUUUUGUUUAGCUAACAUGGCUUGUGGAGCAACGUUAAAGCGGUCGAUGGAGUUUGAGGCCCUCCUCAGUCCCCAGUCUCCCAAGCGGAGAAGGUGCAAUCCACUACCGGGGACUCCUGGCACUCCGUCCCCGCAAAGAUGCAACCUCCGUCCCCCAGUCGACAGCCCAACGCAUUCGAUGUCUCCUCCGGCCAUAGGAGGCGAACACAGGCUCACUCCAGAGCAGAUCUUCCAGAACCUCCGCCAGGAGUAUAGCCGGAUCCAGAGGCGGCGGCAGCUGGAAGGGGCCUUCAACCAGACUGAGGCCUGUAGCUCCAGCGAUGCCCCCAGCCCCAGUUCCGCCCUCAACGCUCCCAGCUCCCCACCAGGUGCCUCAAGGAAGGACCAGCCCUCGUUUACACUGAAGCAGGUGAGCUACCUGUGUGAGCGACUGCUUAAAGACCACGAGGAGAAGAUCCGGGAGGAGUACGAACAGAUCCUUAACACAAAACUCGCAGAACAAUAUGAAUCUUUUGUGAAAUUCACACAAGACCAGAUCAUGCGAAGAUACGGAGCCCGGCCUGCUAGUUAUGUCUCCUGAACUCACAUUGAUGAGAUCCCAGCUUCCUCUCACAAGAUGGCUGCUCUUCUACUGCCCCCUCCCUCUUCCACUUGAUUUUCAUUUUAUUUCCCCAUUUUCCUCCCCCUCCCAUCUUAAACUGUUUGGGUGCCAUGGUUUAUCCUCUUUUCAAUCCAAACAUUUUCUUACUUCAAAACUAUUGCUGCUGGCCAAAAGUUAGAAGAAUCUGAAAGAUAAACUGUGUAUGAAGCCCACCUCCUUUUUUGCCCCAUUUUUUCUUGUUCAUACUCUCUCUCUCUCUCUCUCUCUCUCUCUCUCUCUCUCUCUCUCUCUCUCUCUCUCUCUCCCUGGAAAUCCUGACUAAAGCUGAUCUGUGUCAAAUCUCUUGCCGGCGCUGUAGAAAAAGCUUAUUGGCUCAUGUGAUCAUUCUGUAUAACCUUACAGCAGCUGUAUUUAAUGGCUCCUGCUUCUCAUAUCGUCCCACUUUUCUUGCCCACUCCUCCCCGCUCCCUCCUCACAACUCUUUACCUGAGAAUGUGGAUUUUUCUCCCUUUUGAAAAAAAUAAAAGUUCUGUGAUUAAA